AUGCGUGGGACAAAGAAAUACAGGCAUGUUAUUGAGACGCCAGAUCCCGGCAAGUGGGAGCUGGCGGGGUACGAGGCAACCCUGCCCAUCAGUGAGAAGUCAAACCCCAUCACCAGGGAGCUGGAUAAGGCUGACCCUGUGCAGAUUGUCCAGCUUCUGAAGGAAUGUGAUGCAGAGAUAUUCCAGGAGGAGGACGAAGCUCUGCUCAACUAUACGAGACUGUACAGUGAGUCAGUGCUGAAGACCAUGAUUGACAUUAUCAAUAAAGUGCAGGAAGUCCUGAAGGACCCAGACAACACCCUUAUCGUGCUGAGCGGCGGGGGCACCUCAGGCAGGCUGGCCUUCCUUAUUGCCGUUUCCUUUAACAAGCUGCUGAAGGGUCUAGGUCAGCUGCCCCGUUACACGUACAUCAUUGCUGGGGGAGACAGAUCCCUAGUGGUGUCCCAGGAGGGACUGGAGGACUGCGCCCUGCUGGGGAUCGAGGAGCUGAGCAAGGUCUGUGAGGGGAAGAAAAAAGUAGUUUUCAUUGGAAUUUCAUGUGGUUUUUCUGCCCCUUUUGUGGCAGGACAGCUGGACUUUUGCAUGAAUAACCUGGACAUCUUCCUGCCAGUCCUGGUGGGAUUCAACCCCGUCAGCAUGGCCAGGAAUGAUAAGAUCGAGGGCUGGCACUCUACUUUCCGCCAGGUGGCUGAGCGGAUGCAGAAGCUGCAGGAGUCGCACAAAGCCUUUAUCCUCAAUCCUGCUGUGGGGCCUGAAGGCAUCAGUGGCUCCUCACGGAUGAAGGGUGGGAGUGCCACCAAGAUCCUGCUAGAGACAUUGUUGCUGGGAGCACACAAGACAGCCUCCAAGGACACUGACAUCUCAGAGAAGUGCCUCCUGGAAAUCCUGAGGACAUAUGAACGUGCUCACAAAGUCACCUAUGCCCAGAGCAAAAAGAUUGCUGCCUUGAUGAAGCAAGCAGGCACCAGCUUGCAGAAGAAGGCCUGUGUGUUCAUGGUGGGCUGGCACACGCUGGGCAUCAUUGCCAUCAUGGAUGGUGCUGAAUGCAUCCCAACGUUUGGGGCAGACUACAAUGACGUGCGGGGCUUUCUGAUUGGGGAUCGCAGUGAGAUGUUCAACAAGGAGGCAGAUCUGAUAAUGCAGGGCCCACAAUUUGCCUUCUCUCAGGAGGACUUUGUGAAGACGAUCCUUCCAUCACUGACAGAGCUUGAUACUGUUCUCUUCCUCUUCACACUGGAUGAUGACCUCACAGAGGUGGAGAAGCUUGUGGUUCAGGUGAAGGAGAAGACAUCAAAUGUCCAAGCACUUUCUCAUGCCACUGUUGGGCAGUACCUUCCGGCCUCCCUCAAGAAGCUGUUUCCUUGCAUCAUGAGCAUCAUGUGGCCCAUCCUGUUCCUGGAGUAUGAGGGGAAUUUUAUCCAGAAGUUCCAGAGGGAGCUCAGCACCAAGUGGAUCCUCAACACAGUCAGCACCGGGGCCCAUGUCCUCAAGGGCAAAAUUCUCCACAACUACAUGGUGGACCUGAGAAUCAGCAACUCCAAGCUCUUCUGGAGGGCGCUGUCCAUCCUGCAGCGGUUCACGGGGCACUCCCAGGCCAGGUGCCUGGAGGGCCUGCUGCAGACCAUAUAUGACGCUGAGGUGCUCUCAGAUGACAUUCGCAAUACAGAGAUCUCCAAACAUAUUGCAAUAGCAACGGAGAAGAAGAAGGUUGUCCCCACAGCCCUUCUGUGCCUGCUGCGGAACUGCUCAGUGCAGGAGGCUCAGCUGCGGCUUGACACCUCCCCAUCCAUCCGAGCAGCCAUUGAGUCCUCACUGAAUGCUCCGGGGCGCAAACGGGGUGCAGACAAAUCAGACUCCACAGGCAGGAGCAUGUAGGAGGCAGCACCCAUCCACUAAGGGGACUAUGUGGGGAGGGAAGGGCCUAGCAUCAUUAACUUCUGUACGGAUCCAGCAGUGUGGGCUGUCUUCCAGGCAGGGAGAGAAGCCAACUCCCUGAACAAGAGCAGCAGCUGGGAUCUGGUGAACACGAGCAGCACCUGCCUAGAUGGGAGGCCGAGUGCCAUGGGCUCUCCUGUUAGCUCCUGGUGGGAGGGGACAUUACCUGGAGGUGGGAGUCUUGUGUUCUCUAAGAGCCUGAAUUUCUUUGGAGGAUCAUGUGCUCCCCAGGGGUCUGGAUUGCUCUGGGUGAGCUAAUCUCUGAUGGAUGGGAUCGGGGGGGGGGUAUCAGUUUACCCUGGGGAAUCAGGGUGUGGGGUGCACUGUAAUCCUUUGAGCAGGUCAGCUGUUCUCUCUGUUCUGGGGAGGAGGAAGAGUCAUUCUGUGAUAUGAGCUCCUGAGGGAAGUUGUUCUGUAAUCCCCAGAGCAUGGGGUGGGUUGUACGUGUGGGGCUGG